GGAGAUGGAACACAAUUCCGCGCUUUCUUUCUAAUCCAGAGGGCUUCUCCUCCUCUCUCUCCCUGCACCUCGGACUCCGUCUCAUCGGCCGGACGAUAUCUCGAUCCAUCGGCGGCGGCGGCGAGGGCGAUAUCUAAUGGAGAACCCACACUCUGGUGUCGAGAACGGAUCAGGUGCGGCUUCCUGCACGAAGCUCGAGGGCAUGGCGAUCUGGAUCGGCACGGGCCUCGCAUCCGCCUUCUUUGCCUCUCUGGAGCGUUUUUCCUGCAUCAAUCUCACCACGAUCGAUCAUGAGGACGAUAUGGAGGACGCAGAGAAGGACCGGCCUCUCAUGCUCUCUCUCCAGAACUCGUCGGGGCCCUACCGCAGCGACGAUCCGGCCUUCAGUCCAAAGCUCGCACCUGUUUGGGCUCCUCCAUAUCAUUAAUUAAGCGGUGAUGCUCUGCCUCUCCUCCUCCUUCAUUGGUUUGCUCUUGUUUGAUGCGAAGUGGGAAUGAUAUCUCUUGUUUUUAGAGUUACUGUAGGGGCUUUUUAUUGAUUGCUGACUUAUGGAUAUAUUUUUUUGACUUCUUUGUAAAAUUACCAGUUUCUGUUUCAAGGAUUGGUUUUCUCUAUCUCUAUAGUGCUUGUUGAUGGAUUUUAAUUUACUCUCCUGACAAUGUUUGUAGAUUUGUUUGUAGGCUGUGAAAAUGGUUAUAGAUUUGCUUGUUGGUGAAUAUAAAUCUUUUUUA